AUUAAAGUUACUCCAGUAGUUUCAAAGACCAUCUGAGCCUGACUUCUCCAAUAUGCAUGGGAGAUUCAAAUUCUCUGGUCAGGCUGUGGUCAUUGUCCAGGGUUCUUGGUAUCUCUUUGAUUGUGGGAUUGGUUGGUGUUUGGAUUUCACUUUUCCAGCAAGUCUCAAGGAUGUUUUCUUUCACCAUUAUUAAUGAGAUGAAAUUCAGAUUUCCUGAGUGCAGCUCAAGUGAAUCACAUUUAUAAUUACAUAGCCUGCCAAAACACAGGCAAUACCAUUAAAAAGCAAGUAUAGCUAGAAAGUAUUCUAACCCAUCCUCUGAAAACA